UGUAGAUGGGACGGCGUCACAUGGAUGCCGUAGUUCCGAACAAGGCACGCGAAGAGAAUUAUCGUCAAGACAGUUGUACGAGCAAUUAGAAGAGAGAAGUGAGUGAGAGUGUCGGUUUAUCGAGGUUGAGCAAAAUGUCCUCUGUACAAGUGGAUCGUCCUCCAAAAGUGAGUCAAAAUAACAAGAAAGAAAAUGAAAAAUCUAGAAAAAUUUUCAAUCUCUCACAUAAAAAGCACAAUAAACAUGAUGACAAUCGCUAUUUCAAGCAGCUGCAUAGAAAGCGACCUCAAAGCAGCUUUUGCAGCAAUGGAAAGUCCUUUCCUCCCUACAAACGUAGAAAGAAGGAAGGUAUCAUCAUCCCUCCCACAAAAUUUUUGCUUGGAGGCAAUAUUUGUGAUCCCUUAAAUCUAAAUAGCAUGCAAGAUGAAGAAAUCAAUCGUGCUAUGAAUGCAGUGACUCCAAAAUCAAGUCCUCUUCCUACUCCAAAACAUAAAAAAGAGAUUAUUGAAGUGAUUAUUCCUCCAAAUAUUUGUGAUCCUUUGAAUUUGACAAAUUGUAAUGAUAAUGAAGAAUACGAAAAGCAGCUCAUUUCGCCGACAAAAAGAAAUUUAAAACGGAGAAAUAGGAAAAGAAAGAGAGCCUAUUCUGGAUCUGGAAAAGACGAAGGAAAAGCAGCGGACCCUAACGAAAAACUGAAGGAAACUGAAGGAAACGACAUAACGGAUAAAUCUUUAACGGAAAGACUUACUGACGAAAAAAUUAGCUUAGAAGAAGCUCCAAGUACACAAAAUGAAAAUUGUUUAAAAGAGAAUAAGACAGAAAGUCCACAGAAAGAUAAAAAUAGGUUACGAUUGAAAGGUUUAGAAGAAAUGAAGGAUAAAAGAUUAAGAAAAAUUGAUGCAAAGGAUAAGAUAGUGAGCCCAGUGAUUCCACAGCCUGGUGCAUGGAAACCCAGACCUCAACAUAGACCCAGUCAGGAUAAAAAGAAGAAGCAGCAGCAUUCUAUGCCCAAUUUUAGGCCUAAAGAUGCUAGAUACCAAUAUGGAAACUACAAUAGAUAUUAUGGAUACAGAAAUCCUCAUCAUGAAGUAGAUUCUAGAUUAAAAGUGUUUGCACAGCGAAAGGAACUGUUUCUACAAAAGGAUAUUCUGGAUAUUGGAUGCAACAUUGGCCAUAUUACUCUAUCAGUUGCCAGGGAUUUAGGUGCCAAAAGUGUUACAGGAAUUGAUAUUGAUAGAACUUUGAUAAAUAUCGCUCGGAAGAAUGUGAAACACUAUGUUAAUUGUGUACAAAGUCCUGCGAGCAAUGAGGAUAAUGACAAGAGGGACUCUUCUGAUGCUAGCUUCUUUCCUAUGUCAAUGCCAAUUAGCUAUGGGCCUGUAGAUAUUCCAGGAUUUACGAAAAAUAAACAUAAAGGAUUUCCAUAUAAUGUCGUUUUUGUGCAGGGUAAUUAUGUGCUUGAAAACGAUUCACUUUUGUGUGCGGAACAGACGCAAUUUGACACAAUCUUAUGCUUAUCUAUCACCAAAUGGAUUCACUUGAAUUUUGGCGAUACUGGAUUAAAACAAGCUUUUAAGCGAAUGCAUGCGCAAUUACGUCCUGGUGGAGUCCUUGUAUUGGAACCUCAGGGUUGGGCUAGUUACACUAAGAAAAAGAAUCUCACAGAACGAAUUCAUAAAAAUUAUCAUAAUAUUGAAUUCAGGCCGCAUAAUUUCACGCAGUAUCUUCUAUCUACUGUCGGAUUUUGCCAAUGCGAAGUCGUCUCUAUACCGCCUCAUCCUUCUAAAGGAUUCCAACGACCUAUACACCUCUUCACCAAAGCUGGUGGUCCCUCUUCCACUGUUACCGAACGUGUUAACGAUAAUAUUACAAGCGAUACUUUGCAGUGUCGCCAAGAGAGAAUGACGAGAAGAGAUCAAGAAGAGAUCCGCGACAUGGAAAGAAUAAAAUACGAGCAGGAAUUAUUUCCGAAAGAAAAUAACAAUACAGGCAAUAUGUCAGAGAUUAGUCAGCACAGUGGAGAUUUGAAUCAAUAUGAACAAUUGGCAAACGUUUAUGCACCCAGUGCGACUCCGAACUAUGAUACUCCGAGCCGUAAUAGCGAUAGUCAACCUUUGGAUAGUCAGCCUUCGGAUAUGCCAAGGAUAAAAGAGGAGAAAGAAGAAAAUUCGUAAAUGAUUGAAGAAAAGAGAAAAAAGAAAGAAAAGGAAAGAA